AUGUCGGAUCAAGCAUCGUCUAGUGACACUUCUGGCUCGGCUGAACUUAAAGCUGGCCAUCCUCCAGCUACCAAAGUAGGUGGUAUGCGUGUUGGUGCACCUCGACCUCGACAUACAUCGAAUGGUGAAGACAAAAACGCUGCUGCCGAGACUACUGAAAGUGCUCAAGAAUCUUCAGGCGAUAAUGAAAAUGCUGAAGCAACUGCUGGCGAUACUGGUAAUGAUGAAUCGUCAAGCGCUGUUGCUAACCGAGCUGCUGGUGAAAUGGUUUCAGGCGUAUUUGUGCCAAUUGAAAAGGCCUUUCCAACCGAAGCUGUAAAACAUAUUCAUGAUAAACCAGGCACACACCCAAAGAAUGAAUUUCAUUCUCAUGCAAAACAUACGGACCAAAAAUUCAUCGUUCAACCACGAAAGCAAUAG